CAUUUGUGAGAGAAUAUCAAAAUUCGGUCUAUCAUAAUGAUAGUCUGAUUUGUGACAAGCAUUUUCGGGUGUCCUGAAGGAUAUUAUAAUUAUAAUAAGGGAUGCAUGCCAUGUGACAGCUCAUGUAAGACUUGUUCUGAUGAGUCCACGUGUGAAAGCUGCGAAACUUUUAUGAAGUUCGAUGACACUACUUUACUCUGCACUCACUGAUUUGAAGAUGAAUAUUUCGACCCAACUUUGAGGAUCUGUAGAAACUGAAUGGACACAUGUGAAGGCCAUUGUAAUUCUAGAAGUGAAUGAACUACUUGAAGUGUUGGUGAAAGCCUUGAUCUUGACACUCUUACAUGUGUAACUGAUUGCCAGUCAUCUCAGAUUAAGCUUGAAGGGCAUCACUUGUCUGUACAGAGUGCAUGCAGAACUCCUUAUUAUUAUGUUGAUCCUUUGAGUACUGAAGUAUUGGAGCUUGGGACUUUGCACUAUCCAUACAGAACUAUGAAAUCAGUGAGCUCAGAAGUUCUGACAUUUCUGUCUCAUCAAGAGGUGAGCAUUACUGCAUAUGUUAAAGAUGUCUACAUUGAGGAUAAAUCUCUGUUCAUCAUGAAUGUGACACAAUUUGCAAUCCAGAGUCACCCAGAUUUAGUUAAAACUAAUACAAAAGCGGUUGUAACUCCAACUGAAUUGCCUCAGAUUGGCAUUAGCAAGAAGUCAAAGUUCCACUUGCUCCAAUCCGUUGAGCUCCCUCUUGAUGAUAUCAUUAGUGCAGGAGAAUUUUCAUCAAAUGAAAAGUUGCAAAUUGAAGGGAAAACAAGCAACAUGGUUGUCAGGUCAGGAAUCAAGUUUGAAGGAGUUGAUUUCUACAGAGAAGAAAUAGACUAUAACAAGGAUGUUCUGUUUAUGCUUGGAGUCUACCUUCAAAACAACACUGCAAGCUUUUCUAACAUGAUGAUUAAUAUCACAGGAACUUUAUGGACGACUUAUGACCCAUCCAAUAUUUAUGCUAGAAAUCUUGUAUUUGAUACUUAUAGUAUUCGAAAAGUUUUCUCUUUUCUGGUCACUUGAAAUUACCCAGAAGCUAAUAAGAUUGCCACAUUAGAUGUUGAUGGAUUCAAAAUAAUAACUUCAAAAGAUAGGACUACUGAAUCUGAGCCAUCUAAUUUAUCAUCUAAUUUACCUGGAAACUGGAUUAUUAAAAACUUUGACGGUCGGGAUGCUUAUACCGCAAUGAAUGAUCUCCAUUCGACUAUUAUAUAUGCUACUCAAUCAUUCUGCAUUCCUGAUGAUGAUUUAGUUCAGAAGAUUAAUUUAGAGAAUUUAUAUCUCUCUUUGAACAAUACUAGAGGAGAUAAAGCGAACUUGAUUGGAAUGGAUGUUUCUGCAAGUCAUUAUAGACCGAUUAUUGCUAAUCUUCGCAAUGCCAAUUUUUAUGGGUAUCAGAAGACUCUUCUCUUUCCUACAGCAUUCAUUGGCACUCUUAUUGAUGUUGUUGAAAUCGAUAGUUAUAGCCUCACUAACUGAAGUUUAUGGAGUUAUGGUUUAUUAAUUAUCGCUUUCAAGACUGUAACUAUUGGGAACUUGUUGGAGCAACCGACAGAGUUUAGCAAUAUUGAAUCAUUUGCCAGCAAUUAUGCAUCAAUUUCAUUUGUUGGUCAACUUGAGCUCAGAAAUGUCCAUCUAAAGAAUAUCACUGGACUUAUAGGGCAAAGUUUGUAUUUUAUCUCUCUAAAUUCUUUUCCUUCUACUUCUGUUGUAAUACAAAACUUGGAGGUAGACGAUUUUACUUUCUCUCAAGGAGGAAUCAUUCAAGUUACGACCAGUACGAAUAGAUUUGAGAUGAGCAAUGUGAUUAUUCAGAAUAGCCAGACUUACUCUGAAAUUCCUAUUUUCAACUUCAAUGAAAUUGGAAGCUUUGGGUUUACCAAUUUCACAAUAAGAAACAUUAGUGUUAAUGAAAAGACUGAUGAGGACUCGGUUAUUUUCAAAAUUAAUGCUCUUAACCUCAAUUCUAUCACGAACUCUUCUCUGCAAAAUUUUGAUGUUUCUGAGUGUGCAAUCUCUCUCCUUCAGUUUGGAUCCUUGACAAAUAAUAAUAAUAGUGAAGCUAUCCAUCUGGAAAUGAAAAAUAUAACUUUCAGAGAUUCAGUGGUCACUAGUCCGAGACCUGUAAUUUCAACAGAAAAUCUUGUUCAUAAAUCAAGUUUCUUCGUGAAAAUCAGUAGCUUUUCUUGAUCAAACAUCACGUUUAACAUAGCAGGAAAUAUAUUAUUAUUGUUUAGUCAUGGACUGAUUAACCCUGUCAUUGUUGAAGACUCAAUAUUUACAAAUCUUAAUUCUGCUUCGAUUUCUGCUAUAACUUCUGGUCAGGAAGAAAGCCUGGUUAAUGAAGUAACAUUCAUAAAUUGCUCUUUCUCUAACAUUUCUACAACUUCUCAAUCGCUUAUCACAACUUCUAAUAAGGCAGUAUUUAACUUUGUUGGAAGUAAAUUUGAAUCGAUAUCAGUAUUAUUUGAUAGAUCAGGUAUCAUUGAUGCUACUUCUAAUUCUAUCAUUAAGAUUACGAGUUCUAACUUCACCCACAAUUCUGCUAUAACUUCAACUUUGUUUGCUAUAUCUUUUGGAGCUUAUGUUGAGUGAAAUUCGUGAAUAAUUGCAAACAACUUUGCCAUCAAAAAUGGAGUUGUAUCAGCUUCAAAUAAUGGAUAUUUUAAAUUUUAUGACUCAGACAUAUUUUCUAAUAUCGCUCUUCAAACUCCUAUUGGGCAGAUCUUUGAUGCAUCCCAGGCUAGUGUUUUUGAUAACUGCAAGAUACAUGGCAAUUCAGUUAUGACUUUAGAAGAAAUAAAACAGGAGAUUCAAGAAGAGUGUGGUAUGUUGUGAUUUAUACCGGACAGUUUCAUUGAUAUUGUUAUAACGAAUGAAGAAGAUAGUAUUAUUGCAGGACCUUACAUAAUAGAAGCAGUAUCAGGGUCGCUUGAAAUUAUCAAUCAAACUCUAAUCUAUGAUCAAGAUGCAAUUUUGAAUUUGCUUAUGACUAUUUGAAAAAUCACAAAUUCAAUAUUUCAAGAUAUAAAUUUCACAAUAACCCCAAUUAGAGCUACUUCCUCAACGCUGGAGUGUUAUGACAUGAAUCUCACCAACAUUCAAGAUUAUGCUGAAAGAGAAAUAAUGCUGAUCAAUGGUGAAUCCAAAUUUAUCGCAAGCAAUGUUGCAUACAAUAAUUCAAAUGCCAAAUUUAUUAAAGCACUAGCUGGAGAAGCUAGUCUGACUAACUUUGUGGCUCGAAAUGUCUCUAAAUUUAGCACUCUUUUUCAAUUUUAUUCAUUAGAUGCUUUAUCUUUAAGUAAUGUAACUUUCUUAGAGUUAGAAAUUAAUUCAGGCCAAGUUAUUCUGAUUGAGAAUGCUCAAAAUAUAUAUGUAGACACACUUGUUAUCAAUGGAAUCCAUACAGCAACUGUUUCAGUUAUGAACUCUGUGGUUGAGUCAAUCAACAAUAUUCAAAUUUCCAGCUGUCUAAAAUCAAUAAUAGUAAUUGAUUCUCACAUUAAGCAACUUGAGAACUCAAAUUUCACAAACAAUGGAAUCCAAAACAAUUUGGUAUCUGGAGGAGCAAUCUCGAUGUUUAAUAGUGAUGUAACUAUAAGAAACACCACAUUCUCCAACAAUACGGCAGACAGAGCCGGAGCUAUUUCGUUCGAAUGAGACUCCGCAGAUAAAUGAAGCCUUGUUUUAGAGAGCACAACUUUCAACAACAAUAGUGCAUUUGUGCAAGGUGGAGCCAUCUACUACAGUUUGAAACGUCCAGAUAUUGUGGAUUCAAUGUUCACUGACAAUUCAGCCAGAUAUGGAGACAAUCUUGCAAGUUACCCAGUCAAAGUCAGAAUCGAAGGCCAGUCUGAUUCUUACAUCAAGUUCACAGAUGUUGGAUCUGGAAUCACAAUGCCAUCUUCUCUUGUGUUUGCAUUGCUCGACUACGACAACCAAGUUGUAAGCUUGAACAGCGAAGACACAUUUGGAAUAUUUGCACCUGCUGGAUCAAAUGCCACAGUCAAAGGCGUUAACUCUGUAAACUUCAAUGCAGGAAUUGCCACAAUCGAAGGAAUUAUGUUUGUGGACCAGCCAGGCUCCAAGAAUGUGAAGUUUGAUAGCUCUACUGCAGCAAUUGACAAAGGGAGGGUAUCAUUGGCAUUUCCAGAUCAGGAUUUCAAUAAUGAUAUCACAGUCGAUUUCAGAUUUUGCCAACCUGGAGAAGAAGCCACAGAUCAAGGAACUUGCAGGGAAUGUGAUGCUGGCACAUACUCUCUUGAAUGGAAUUCUACUGAGUGCAUCAAAUGUAUGGACAAUGCUUUGUGAUUGGGAAGGAACCAAGUUAGUGUCAAUCCAGGGUACUGGAGAUCAUCUCAGACAUCUGAAUUUAUCACUGAAUGAUUGGUCAAAGAAUCAUGAGAAGGAGGAUUCACAAAUUCUACUCUCCAUCCAGUAAACUGAGCAGAAGGGUAUCAAGGAGUGUUAUGCUCUCACUGACUGGUUAAUGAGGAGGUAAAAUAUAGGAAAGUAAGCAAUGCCAAAUGUGAUAAAUGUCCAGAUAUUAUCGCAAACACAUUCUUGGUUGUGGGACUAGCCUCGCUUGUAUUUGCAUUUAUUAUGAUUCUCAUCGUUAUUAACAUCAGAAAAACAAAGGAAAGCCAGCUAUCAGUGCUGAUUAGAAUCAUGACUAAUUACUUUCAGCUGAUUUUCACCUCUCUGUCGCUGACUACCAAUUACCCCACUUCGCUGGUGACUUUCUUCGAAAUCUCAGAGAUGUUCGGAAAUGCUUCAGAUACUUUCUUAUCUGUAGACUGAUUUAUUAGAGAUUAUGACGUUGAAGGAGCUUUUGGAUCCAAUGCAGUUUUCAAACUCUUCUUGUUGGUAUUGCUUCCACUUAUAUUAUUCGCAUUGGUUGCGCUGAUUUGGAUCGUGGCUUUCUUUUUGAAGAGAAAGUAUGUCCCCGAUCUGAAGCGAAAUCUGAUUAUAUCCUUCAUUAGUAUAUUGUUCUUACUCCACCCCAAAUUGACUGAACAGAGUUUGGGUUUAUUCAGGUGCAUUGAUGUCAAUAUCGAUGAUGGCAGAGUCCGACUGGAUACCAACAUCAAAUGCUAUUCUGGUGAACACAUCAAAUGGUUAUUGUUGAUAUCAGGACCAUGCAUUAUUGUGUGGGUUGUGUCUCUACCUUUGACUGCUCUUGUAAUACUUUUCUACAACUCUAAGAAACAAGAAGACAAUAGAAUCAAACAGUAUUUCUUGAUUUUAUACCAAGGCCUCAAGAAAGAUAAGUUUUAUUGGGAAUUCGUCAACACUGCAAGGAAGAUCUUGAUCUUGGUGAUUUUCCCAUUACCGACACUAAUUAAAAUGAUGGUUGCAAUCAUGAUUUUAACCAUCCUUGCUCGGUUGCAGAUCAAGCUUCAGCCAUACAAUGAUGCUGAAAAUAACAAAAUAGAAAUCUUGGCAACUAGUGCAGGGAUUAUUACCAUCUUCAGCGGCUUGUUAUAUUCUCAGCCAGAUGAAAUGAAAGUUUUGAACACAGUUGCUCUCUUGUUCUGAAUCUGCAUAAACACUCAUUUUAUUAUCAACUGGAUGUAUCUCCUAGUAAAACUAUUUAGAGAUUCUUCUAAAGUAUUUCAAGUUAUCUACAAACUGAUCAGCUUUGUUCUUUGUAAGCGUGUAUCUAAAGAGCCAUUGGAUUCUAAAGAGAUGUUGAAGGAUCUAACACAACAUCGAAACAAGCCGAAGAAGUACAGAAAUCAUAAGAGAAGAGUCAACUUAAAAGCCCAUAAUCGAUUGAAGAAGAAAAAGAGGCAACAGUAACAAACUUAUUUAUCCUUUUAGGAAUAAUAAACUAUUGUUCACGAAAAGAAUAAAGAAGAUACUGAAACCAAAUCACAAGGUACGCCUACCACGGUUUACUUCCCCCAAAAUAAAAAAACACUAAACUUCCUUCUUUGACUUCAAGCCACUUUUCUAAGCCACCCAUCCCUCUCCACUCCCCUUACCUCUCUAAAGCAGACAAGUGACCGCCUGAACAUCUCCACCUCGAGAAACCAUCCUUCCGCCCAGUCCCGCUCGCCCGUAUUCC